UACCUCAAUUUACAGUACAACGUAUAUGUAUUAGAGAUAUGCAUUUAUAUUUUUAUAAAUUGGAGUAAUAUUGUAGGUUUAUGACGCUCGACCGAACGCAGCCGUGCGCAUGCGCCGUUGCUCAGUGUAUCAUCUCGUAAUGUAAAUACUUUGCUAGAUUACAGUAGAUGUGGUGUUUGACUAUACAUUUUUAGCACAGCUAAUACGUGCAAAUGAAAUAGCCGUGUGGAUGACGCAUGCACAAUUUAUUUACGUUAACGAGAAUGUUGUAUGAAUGACUUCAGGAACGGAAGCGAGAUCUCUACGUUGUCGUGCACGUUGCGAGUAGCAGAGGUGCGGGCUGGACGAGCGAGGCCUCGAAACGGUUCUAGUGGAAAGGCUGCUGCAUUUGGGACUCCAUACGUGUUUUCGAAAGCUUUUAUAAAGAGGAGAAACCCCCUUGGAUACCCCGAAUAGAGACUAAAGAAGGUACCAGAGUUUGCGCUUUGUUGUGGUGAGCAGCUGAUCCAGGACAGACGUCUGGGAAAAGAGAGACCUCAGACAUGAACUCCUAUUUUAGAGAAGACAACAAAUCUGAUAACGUGGAGCUACAACAAGCAAAACUUAAGAUAGAGCAACAGCCUUGCUACAAUGAAGGGUAUCAAUUGGGUCCUGCAAGGGUGUAUAAGGAGGAGCCAGAGGUGGGAUAUCAGAGACCUCAGCGAUCUGAUUGGCAGGUACCGGAGGGUCAGCGUUUUAAAACAGAACGAGACAGCCAUACACAGUAUGGCCAAAAGAGGCGCUAUGAUGAAUGCAAUAGCAACAGUCAUUAUGAACACCGUGAAAACAAAAGGGCCUGUUUACCGCAACCUCCUUCAGAUGAGAAUGGGGACAACUUCGACAGCACAUUAGUGGUCAUUGACACUUAUAACAGCGACUUAUACUUUAAAGUGUCUGAAGACCGUUGUAUUGGCUACCCUUUUACAAAUGAAGGUUUUGCUUACCUGUGGUCCGGAGCACGGGCCACAUACGGUGUAAGCAGGGGACGCGUCUGCUUUGAGAUGAAGAUCAUCGAGGAGAUUCCAGUGAAGCAUCUUCCCACCACUGAGCCUGACCCUCAUGUCGUGAGAGUCGGGUGGUCCCUGGAUUCCUGUAGCACACAGCUUGGAGAGCAAAUGUUUUCUUAUGGAUAUGGUGGAACAGGGAAAAAGUCCACAAAUUUCAAAUUUCACGAUUAUGGAGAGAAAUUUGGUGAAAACGACGUUAUUGGAUGUUAUAUAGAUUUUAAUAGUCAUGAGCACGUGAAAAUUAGUUUCUCAAAGAAUGGACGAUGGCUCGAUGUGGCAUUUCAAGUUUCCAAAGAUGAACUGGCGGGCCGUGCUUUGUUUCCUCAUAUCCUGGUUAAGAACUGUGCGGUUAAGUUUAACUUCGGCCAGUGCAUAGAGCCCUUCUUUCCUUUGCAAGAAGGCUACACAUUCAUCCAGCAUGUCAAACUAGAGGACAGGGUCAGAGGCACUGUUGGUCCUGCCAGCAAAGCUGAUUGUGAGAUCCUGAUGAUGGUUGGUCUGCCUGCUUGUGGUAAAACCACUUGGGCCACUAAACAUGCACAGAUGCACCCAGACAAGAAGUACAACAUCCUGGGCACCAAUGCCAUCAUGGAGAAAAUGAAGGUAAUGGGAUUGCGCCGUCAGCGAAACUACGCCGGACGCUGGGACAUGCUCAUCCAACAGGCCACUCAGUGUCUAAACCAACUCAUCAAGAUUGCUGCUAACAAUAAAAGGAACUACAUCCUGGAUCAGACAAAUGUUUACGGAUCAGCCCAAAAGCGGAAAAUGCGUCCUUUUGAAGGGUUUCAACGCAAGGCUAUUGUCAUUUGUCCCACUGAUUGGGAUUUAAAAGCCCGCUCGAUGAAGCAGGCUGAGGAAGGGAAGGAUGUGCCUGAUCAUGCUGUUUUAGAAAUGAAAGCCAACUUUGCCCUGCCCGAGCCUGGAGAUUGUCUGGAUGAAGUGAUCUUCAUUGAGCUUCAGAGAGAGGAGGCCAGCGUGCUGGUGAAACAAUAUAAUGAGGAGGGCCGGAAAGCUGGACCUCCACCUGAGAAACGCUUCGACAACUUUGGUUCCCGUGGUCGUGCUAGUGGCUUUCAGCCCCAGCAUAACAGGGGAACGAGAGGAGGAUAUGAAAGCCGUGGAGGACCAGGAGGAGGCUACAGGGGAGAUUAUCGCGGUGGCAACCACCAGAAUCAAUGGGGAGGUCAUCCCAGAGACAGUGAUUCAGAGAGCAGAGAUGGAUACAACAGCAACCAGCCGGCUGGUGGAAGUUACAACCGCUAUAGCUCCUAUAACAAAGAGGGAAAUACCCAAAGUUAUCGUCAGGGAUAUAAUGAAGGGUACAAUCAUGGCAACUUUAGCCACAGUAACUACAACCAAGGUUAUGGCAACUACAGCCAACAACACCCAGGUGAAGGACAGCGUUACAAUGACAGUCAAAGCUCUGGACAGCCAUAUAACCAACAGAACUACAAUCAACCAUAUGAUCAGUAUGCACAGCAGUGGCCGCAACAUUAUCAGAACCAGGACCAGUGGAACCAGUACUCCAGCCAGUAUGGGAAUUACUCUAGACAACAGGGAAGCUACAGUUCACACGGCCCUCAAGGUUCACAGUAAAGAGGAAACUACUGUACGCUAUAAUAACAAUAUCCACUUUAUAAUCAAACACACAGAACAUGCUACUCUUAUCAUUUAAUUCAUUUACAAUUUUAUGCUAUUUACACUGCCACGAAGCGUACAGACGUUAUACUGGAUGGUGAUGCUGCUGCUGGUGGUCUUUAGAGGAGAUGAUGACUCAAUACAAAUGGAUACAAAGUUACUGAUAUGAUCUGUUUUAAUAAUAGAUUCAAACUCUUAAGCUUGAAAUGACAAGAGCAUUGAAGUAUUGUACUGUAUGCGAAAGGUAUGUGAAUGUCCUUGUAGUACCGCAAACGGCCUGCAGGUGAACGCUUGAGAUGCACUGACGUGCUUAUGCGUCACUGCGGUUGUGCAGCACUGUUAUCACUGAUCUAAAUGCUUUUGCAGAAUACUGUUUAAGUUAUGCUAAAAUGUCUAAAUUCAGUUUAAUGCAGAUGCUUUAAUAACUUACACUGUAAUUAGUAAAAGUUGGAUUAAAUUGGUAACGCCUACAUUUUUAAGUUAAGAAAACUUAACUAUUAUUCUGUGUUACCAAUUGAAGUAAUAUAGUAUAGUAUAAAGUGUUUAUCUCCUACAUUUUUCACUUAAAGUAAGAAAAUCAACUUGAGAAAACGUAACUUUUUAAGUGUUUCCAAUUCAAGUAAUUUGUUUAAUUUGAUCCAACUUUCACUUUUUACAGUGUAUUAUAGCUAAACAUUUUCAGUCAAAACAAGUGAUAGUAAAAAGCAUGUUUGUUUGUUUUUGUUUAAACUGGUUCAGUGUUUAAUAUACUUACCCAACACUAUAGUUAGUUUAGAAAAUAAAACAUUAUGAUUGUUUACAUUUUAAAUGUUUUUAGGUUUAGUUCAUACUGGUGAAUUUGUGAACGUUAUCUUUUCUGAAAUCUUUUUUUGGUUUGAGAAUUAAAUCAUAAGUUUCAA